AUGGCCAAAUCACUUAGAUCCAAAGGAAAGUUAAGAUCAAAAUCUAUCAAACGUAAAGAAGUCUUCCAAAAGAUUGAAGACUCUAGAAAGGAAAGAAUCUUCGAAAAGUUACUGAAAGAUGACAAGAAACCUGAAGAAGAUACUAAGAUGGAAGAAGAUAAAAAGAUAAGUACUAGUGGAUGGAGACCUUCUAGAAAACAACAAUACAAGAAGAAGCAAGCUAGUAAAAGAAGUAAAUCACUUAAGUUUUAA